AUGGCAGCCGUUCAGGCCACCAAAGAAGCCCUGGCUCCUGUACAGCAGGCCGGCACUCUCAAACUCGAGAACACCGACAAGCGAGACACUUUGAUCGCCAGCGAAAAGAAAUAUCAGCAGCAAUGGGCCGAGAAGAAGGUCUUCGAGCAGGAUGCUCCAAGCCUCGAGGAAGUGCCAUUUCAUUCGAUCUCGCCAGCGGAACUUCGGAAGAAGCACCCCAAGUACAUGGUCACCAUGGCAUAUCCCUACGUCAAUGGUGUACCUCAUGCCGGUCACACUUUUACUGCGAGUAAGUUGGAAUUCGCUGUAGGAUGGGCAAGGAUGCAAGGCAAGAGGGCACUCUACCCUCAGGGGUUCCAUGCCACUGGAAUGCCCAUCAAAGCAUGUGCAGACAAGUUGAUUCGCGAGAUUGAGAUGUUCGGGCAAAAUUUCGAGAACUGUCCUGUGGACGCAGUCAAGAACGAGGAGACACCUGCUGAGGAGACACCUGCACCUGUCCAAGGUGCUGCCAAGUCGGACGUGACCAAGUUCACCACCAAAAAAUCGAAAGCAGCCGCGAAGGUAAAUGUCGCCCUCAAAUACCAGUUCCAAAUCAUGCUUGCCAUUGGUGUCCCUAUCGAGGAGAUUCACAAAUUCGCCGACCCUCAAUACUGGUUGCACUACUUCCCGCCGCUCUGGAAGCGGGACUUGACCAAUCUGGGUUGCAGGGUGGACUGGAGACGCUCUCUAAUCACCACUGAUGCCAACCCUUACUACGAUGCGUUCGUUCGCUGGCAAGUCAAUCGCCUGAAGCAACUUGGAAAGAUCAAGUUCGGCAAGAGAUAUACGGUGUACUCUCCACGCGACGGACAAGCUUGUAUGGACCAUGACAGAGCAUCUGGCGAGGGUGUCGCAGUCCAGGAAUAUACGGCGAUCAAGUUGCAGGUGAAGGAAUGGCCUGAAGCGGCCAAAGUAAAACUCCAGGGUGCUAUCCCGGAAGGCGGCGAAGUAUUCUUUGUUCCCGCAACGCUUCGCCCAGAGACGAUGUACGGCCAGACCGCAUGUUUCGUCGGCCCGACCAUCAGCUAUGGCAUCUUCGAGGUGGUCAAGGGCAAAGAGUACUACUUCAUUGCCGAACGCGCAGCUAGGAACAUGGCCUACCAGAACAUCUUCCCCGAGUGGGGUGCGUUCCCCAAGGUGGCUGAAUUGCAAGGAGCUGAUGUCAUCGGAACCCUUGUAAACGCGCCCCUUUCUGUUCACAAAGACGGAAUACGCAUCCUCCCCAUGGAGACCGUCAAGGCUACCAAAGGAACCGGAGUUGUCAGCUGUGUUCCGUCUGACUCUCCAGAUGAUUACGCCACCAUCACGGACUUGUCGAAGAAAGCCGAGUACUACAAAAUCCAAAAGGAGUGGGCAGAUCUCGAGAUUUUGCCCAUCAUUGAAACGCCGUCUUAUGGCAACCUCACUGCCAAGCACUUGGUGGAAACGAUGAAGAUCAACUCACCAAAAGAUGCCAAGCAGCUGGCAGAGGCGAAGGACCUUGCUUACAAAGAAGGUUUCUACAAAGGCAAGAUGAUCCAUGGUGACUUUGCAGGCCAGAGCGUUGCCGAUGCCAAACCACUCGUGCGCCAGCAGCUUAUCGACGCGCAAGAAGCUUUCGCAUACGCCGAGCCCGAUGGACAGGUAACAAGUCGCUCUGGUGAUGAGUGCGUGGCUGCCCAUCUUGACCAGUGGUUCAUGAAUUACGGCACUCCAGAAGCUUCAGGUGACCCGACCUGGCAGCCGGAAGUGCUGAAGCACGUUCAGAACGAAGAUGGCGAAGGCCUCAACUUGUGGUCCACCGAGGCCAAGAACGCAUUCGAGAAGGUUUUAUUCUGGCUUGCUCAGUGGGCGUGUGCAAGGAGCUAUGGGUUGGGCACAAGGUUGCCCUGGGACCAAUCUCAGCUGGUGGAGAGUUUGUCCGAUUCUACCGUUUACAUGGCAUACUACACCAUUGCUCAUCUUUUGCACAAGGACUACUUCGGUCAGGAACGAGGGCCUGCAAAUGUCGGGCCCGAGGAUCUGACGGAUGAGAUGUGGGAUUACCUCUUCUGCAGGACCGAGGAGAUCCCCGCAGACACCAAAGUGGACCACGAGACCCUACACAAGAUGCGACGAGAAUUCGAAUACUGGUACCCGCUUGACCUACGUGUUUCGGGCAAGGAUCUCAUUCAGAACCACUUGACCUUCUUCCUCUAUGGGCACGUGGCCCUGUUCCCACGCGAAUACUGGCCUCGAGCUAUUCGUGUCAACGGACAUUUGCUGCUCAAUGGAGAGAAGAUGUCCAAAUCUACCGGUAACUUUAUGACUCUUGCGGAGUCCACAUCGAAAUUCGGUGCCGAUGCCACACGAAUUGCUCUCGCCGACGGUGGUGAUGGUAUGGAAGACGCCAAUUUUGACGAGACUGUCGCAAACAGUAACAUUCUGCGAAUGUACGAGCUACGGCAAUGGUGUGAGAGCGUGAUCGCAGAUGCUCGCUUGCUCAAGGAGGGCGAGAACUAUGCUCAUGUCAAGGACAGCGAGCGACUCAAGAACAACGACUCCAUUCAAAGAACUGGCGAGAAAUUGUUCUUCGACAAGCUUUUCGAAAACGAAAUGAACGGCCUGGUGAGAGAGACCGAGCAACAAUACGAUCAGACGAACUACAAAUCUGCGAUCAAAUCUGGUCUGUACGAUUUCAUUUCUGCACGAGACUUCUACCGUGAAGCAACCAAAGCUGCAGGAAUUGGCAUGCAUCAUGACCUGAUCAAACUUUACGUGGAGUUGCAGACACUCAUGAUCACGGUCGUCGCGCCACACUGGGCGGAAUACAUUUGGCUCGAAGUGCUCAAGAAGUCCGAUUCGGUCCAGAACGCCCUUUUCCCUCAGGUGUCUGAGCCCGACUCGCAUCUCACUGCAGCACGCGACUACGUCCGCAACACCUCGAGCAACAUCACGAGCGCGGAAGGCGCACAACUCAAGAAGAUGCAGAAAGGCAAACAGACCUCUUACGACCCCAAGAAGGACAAGAAGUUGUCCAUCUACUGUGCUCUGCAAUACCCAGCCUGGCAGGAUGGUAUCAUCGACAUCGUCCGCAACAAUUUUGCGGACCUCAAGCUCGACGUUGCUGCUAUCUCCAAGUCGAUCCCCAAGGCGGAGAGCAAACGCGCUAUGCCGUUCGUACAGACCCUGAAAAAGAGCCUGGAGUCCGGUAUCGAGCCCACCACCGUGUUUGAGCGCAAGUUGGGUUUCGACGAGGUGUCGGUGCUGACCGAGAUGGUCCCCGGCCUCCAACAGACCCUUCCCAAAUGUCUGAGGGUGGAAGUGAUCGCGAUUGACGAAGGUGGGAAGUCUGGCAAGAUCGUGGCGGGGACGUCUAACGUCCAAGUGGGCGAGGCCCGCAGCGACUUGCCGCAGACGGCGGAAAACGCUGUGCCCGGACAGCCUACCUUCUUCUUUGAGAACAUCGCGGCCGCUUGA